AUGGUGGGCACGUACUGCUGCGUGCCGGGCUGCUUCAACAACACCCUGAAGAACAAGGAGCUCUCCUUCCACGUCUUCCCCAAGAACGAGCAGCUGAGGGCGGCCUGGAUACACCACCUGGCCCGGCUGGACCGCAGGAAGUUCAGCGUGUGGCAGCCCAAAGCCCACCACAAAGUGUGCGACGCGCACUUCCCGGGCGGCAAGAAGACCUACAUGAACAAUGUGCCCCUUCUCUUCCCGCUCAAGGUCGAGAGAGCCGGAGCCGGGGCCGGGGCCAGGGCCAGGCCCGGCCGCCCACAGCCCCACAGCACCAGCACCAACACCAACACCCCAGGCCAGCCUUUAUGUGAUGGAAUCCAGUUUGGCUAUCCUUCAAACAUCAUGGCACCACAGAAGAGGAUAAAGAGAAAGAAUGGUCACAAACUGAAGGAAGAUACUCUCAGACGAGCCAAAGUACCUUUUACCCGCCCUGAAAUACAAAAGGAAGGAUCUGUAAUGGCAUCAUUCUCAUUGAACCAUCAGGAGGGUGACGAUGAUGAAAAAGCACGGUUUGAGGCUGCACAGACUCUGCUGGACAUCUUCAAAAUAAAUUCAGGCUGUGAAGGUGUUCAGGUGACCACUGUGUGUGAGGCAUUGCUUCAAAUAAAUGAGAAACUGAAUGUGGAAAUUGCUUGUCUGAAAGAUGAGCACAGGUAUCUGAAGGCUGAAUAUAAUAACAUCAAAGGGGAGCUGAAGAGAUUUAUAGAUGGUGAACCCAAAUGCUCUAAUGAAAUGCCAUUGCAUUUGACCUCUUCAUGGAAGCAGAUCAAUGCAACUGCGGAAAGCGCUUUAAUGUGGCCUCCCGUUUACUCAGACUGCUUCACUGACUGGAGUAUAAAGACCAGAAUCCUGAUUACCUCACCUACUCCUUUCCCCUGGGCAAAACCAAACACCAAAUUAUCAGGAACUGGAUGCAUUCACAGAUCAUCAGUAAAACCGGAUGAGGUUCACAUUAAACAGGAACCCGAUGACAGUCCUGCUCUAAAAUGUGCCUUUCAACAGAGUAUGGGAUAUUGGAUGUAUCCCAGCCUUCCUUGGCUGCAGCUUUUUCCAAGAUUUGGAGUCAACAAUUUGUCAAAUGAUAAUGGUUUGCAAUGGUCCCCAGAUUUCAGGAUACAGAGCAUUUUAAUGAAGGACUGGUUAUCGACUUUUAGGUCACUUUGUGAGCUUCUUCAGUCGGGUCACUGCCCUUUCUUUUACUUGUGCACAUACCAAUUCACGGUGCUCUUCAGGGCUGCUUGGGAGUCUAGGAGAGAAUCGAUUACUGCAUUGUUAUACCCAGCAAGUGUGGAAGUCUUGGAAGCAAUGAGGCUGUCCGAGGUUGUGUUUUCGAUAUAUUCAGUGGAACAUCCUCGAGAAAAUGGGAAAAUAAGUCUUUCUUCACCAGUCGAGCACUCGUCAAUGUGUUCGAGGCCAGGUUUCUUAAAUAUUAUUGAACAUGGGACAAAAACAGUGGCUAAUUCACAUUUGCAAAUGUUUUCUCGUGAAAUAAAGACUGAAUCUCAGGAAGCCACCCCUAACUCAGAUUCUUCAAAAAAUGAUCGACAUCAACGGUAUCUAGGUUCACAAUUGAAGUUCCUGGUAGUUGUUGAAGGACCCUAUGCACCAUCCUUAACAACAUUUCUAAUGAACACUCCACAUAUAGCUCCUCAAGAAGGUGUGCAGCAGGGAUUGCCACCCACACUCCUUUGCCCUGUGGCCUUUCCAGGAGCAUCUUUGCAGCUGCUUCAGGUCACAAAUACAAGUGGAAAGGUCCAGGGUUGCCUUGGUCCUAUAGACUCGUACAGUUUAGAGAUCACAGGACCAAUUCUUCCACACUCCAUGGACUGCAUCAACCGCAUUCUGCAGUGUAGCGAAUAUGGUAGAACAGUGACCGUUGUUAAUGUUCACGAGUGCACUUCUGCCUUCAAUGUGCAUUUACCUAAUUAGGCAAAAUCCAGACAUUGUGCAUUUGUUCACCUAUUAGAUUGCAAGUAGCUAUAUUAGUAACAAUCCCGAUUGGCAGAGGACUGAUGGAAAUGCAUUGUAUAGCACUUCUCAACUCUUCCUUGUUCUGAUGGGUCAAAACUGCUGUUAAGAAAUUAAGGGAAUUGCAUUGAAAUCAUUUGUCACAUUUGUUUUUUUAAUAUAAAAAAAACCCAUGACCAUAAAUCUAAGGGCAAUAAUGAUCUCAAAGGUGCAGCGUUAUCGUGGUUAUGACUUUUGUAAAAAUAUAUUUUUGUUUCAUGCCAAAACUAUUCCUGGUGUCAUAAAUCACAGGGACUCCUUCAUUCACCGAUGCCUAAUUAUUUUAUGAAGACUAUACAAUUAUUGUUGUAAAAGUAACAUUUUCAGUAUCUGCACAAUGCAUAUAUUUUGAAUGUAUAUAUUGGUUUUUUUUAAAACUUGGUUUGACAAUUUGACAUGUGAAUAGAAUGCACUAAUUUUUUUUAUAUAUAAAUAAAUAUAUAUGUAUCAUAUCAGUCACUGAUCACUAGAUCAAAUAAGUGGCAUUAUCAAAGCCCAGGUAAAACACAAAGAGCUGCUUGUUUUUGCUCACAUUUAUUUUGCACCAAACAAAUGAAAUAUUUAGGGUAUUAAAACAAAUUAUAUACAAGUAUCUAUUUUUGGUGCAUGAAGCAUAUAUUACGCAGCUGCAAUAAAGAAAAUAUAAUUUCUAUUGGUUAAACCACUGUUAUGCACUCAAUCAUUUGGAACACUGUGUAACCUGUUUGCCUUUUCAUGUUAUGUCAAUGACCUGUUUGACGCAAGACAUACCUAGUGACAUGAGAGUUAUUAAAUAAUGUGUCUUGAUGUCAAUUAAAUGUACAAUGUGGAAGAUGUAUUGUUUAACAUGUCAAUAUUUUCCUGCAACCACACAUUUUUCUGAUGCAAUAGCUGUCAGAAUCUUUU